CUUCCUUCUCAUCCGUACAGAUCCGACUUGUGAUGGCAAGCGAAGCGGACAGACUAGCCUAUCUGGACUACCUCGAAAGGGUAAAAGCGGGAGUCAGCGUGCCUAUCAGGCCCGGUGCUCCCACUGCUCUAGAAUGGCGAGAUUCCGAUCUUGCUACCAUCUGCGACAAAUUGACUUUUCCGGAAAGAGUCAGAACAACAGCCUCUAUGAAAUCUUGUCUUAUUAGGUUUUAUAACUUUUACUUUUAUGGACGUCUUCCUAAUCAUUCGUCCCCUCACCAGAUCAUCUUUCCCAUUCUCUGUUACCUGCCUCUUGACUUCAGGAUGGAGACAGGAAUAAAUUUCUUUUUCCCAGACAAUUUAAUUGGGCCGAAUUCCUUCUUUGCCCUCCCGACUGGCGAUGAGGCCACAUUGGAACUUGAGGACGCUGAGUUCACUCCCAGCAUUUACAUCGUCGAGGACCUACCUGAUCCUACUAGGCGGGAUGAUAUCGCUAGGUUAUUUGUGACUUUAGAGACCCCACAGAUAAAAGCCUUCAAAAAAGAGAUUACCCGUCUUGUUAAUAAAUUUGAUCCGGAUAAUUACACUCUGGAUGAUAUGAAAAUCUUAAGAUUGUCAUCCUACCUUGCUCUACUGCUCUGCAGAUCGUUCGCCAAGGACUCGAAGCAGAUGUCUCGAGCAAUGAGCAAGAAAGCUGUGCUCGAACACCUGACAAAAUUGGUCGCGUGGCCUGUUGGAGAUGGAUAUGCUCCUCCCUGCAAAGUGUGCAUAGAUAGUUCUGUGCAGGGUUUAGAUAAGGGGCUUAAACACUCCCAGGACAUGAUGGCGUUGAUCCUACACACCUGGAUCAAACAUAUGGUAGCUAAACACUGUCCAAUUUCUAGUGUCCUGCAGGCGGGCAUGUUGACCCACCUCGCAGGCAAUGGCAUGGGUUUAAUCAUCCUCAUGAUGGGUGCUUGUGAAACCUUGGGAUGCACCUACGGAGCUCUCCUUGACAACACUAUGACAGUAAAAACUAAUUAAUAAUAAUUUUAAUACAAAGCAAUCAAGUAAAGCAAAGUGAAUAAAGAGUAAAUAUAAAAUAACAAAUAGCAAUUAGAAUAGUAAACUAGACCAACCAAAGUAAAGCAAAAGAAUUACGCGGAAAAUUUCGGUCGUAGUUUACAAAGAGAAAAAGAAAAAGGAAGUUAAAGUUAAAGUAUCUUAGCUGGUAUCGAUGCUAAGAGGCGUCGGUUGGCGAUACUGGUAAGGGGCACAGCUUGACGAUUGGCCUCUUAACAGUGCCCUUUUCAGUGCGUAGAGUUACCACUCUAACGCAUCCAUCAGGUCCUGGGUGUAGUUCGGUGACGCGUCCCAUCAACCACUUUGCUGGUGGCUGUAAGUCGUCCCGGAUAAGCGCCAGGCUGCCGAUUUCCAAAUUCUCCCGGUAACGACGCCACUUCGGAAACUGUUGGAGAUGCUGUAAGUAUUCGCGUCUCCAUCUUUUCCAGAAUUGUGCUCGCAUUUGUGAGAUUAACCGCCAGCGUGUGUGAAGUGCAGUGCAUGGUUCUUCUGGCUCUGGGGGGACGGUGGUUGGUUCCCCUAUCAAGAAGUGACCCGGUGUCAAGGCGGCCAGCUCCGAAGGGUCCUCUGAUAGUGCGUACAGUGGCCUCGAGUUUAGGCACGCCUCUAUUUGACAGAGGAGAGUCGUCAGUUCCUCGAAGGUAAGUGUGGAAUCACCGAUCACUCUCCGUAGAUGGUGCUUUACGGAUUUUACCCCUGCCUCCCACAGGCCACCAAAAUGCGGCGCAUAAGGGGGAAUGAACUGCCAGCUGGUGCCGUCUAAUGCCAGGGAUGCGGCUGCCUCCUGGUAGAAUAAAGUAGACUGGCGGAACAUAGCGCGGAGCUCUCUGUCUGCUCCCUGGAAUACCGUUCCAUUGUCGCUAAACAGAGUGGCGCAAUGUCCUCGCCUGCCCACAAAGCGACGGAAGGCUGCAAGAAAGGAAGCUGAGGUUAGAUCUGACACCGCUUCCAAAUGUAUUGCCCUGGUAGACAGGCACACGAAGAGGGCGAUGUAGCCUUUGUAGGCUUUGUGGCCACGCCCGGGCGAGUGCGCUCUUGUGGAAGUUGUCCCAUCAGUUGUCCAGCUCUACGUCCGCUAAACCGGGCGCACGUGACGCAGGCGGCGAUUUCGGAUCGAACCAGUGAGCGGCCUCGGACGAUCCAGACUCUUCUCAUGAGAUGGCUGCGAGUAAGCUGUGGACCUCCAUGGAGCGUGCGGUAAUGUGCGUCCCGUAUCAGAAGCCUGGCCAACGGACAUCUCUUCGACACAAGGUAAGGAUGUUUCUCAUUGUACGGCAGAGCCGCGUUUUCUAAGCGCCCUCCGAGCCUUAGCAAGCCCUGGUCGUCUAAGAAAGGUCGACACGGAGAAAGGGGUGAAGCUUUGCGUAGCUCGCCGUGCCGUUGCAGUUGUUCAAUCUCCUCCAGGAAACUGGUGUGUUGAGAGAAUCUCAGAACUGCUAGGAAGGCGUGGGUGCGCUCCGCUGCUUUAACAAAACCCUUCUCGCAAGGCUGCCCUCGGCUUAGACUGGCAAACCUGAAACACUGGGCAAUAACAGAUAAAAGGUGCGAGAGGGAGGAGAAGCGGCACAGGAAAUUUUCUCCGAAUUUCUCCUUGACGACGUGUACCGUGGCUCCUCUUCUCUCUGCCUCUAUUCCCUCGUUGGACUCCGGAAAGGUCGCCGGCCAGAAUUCAGGCUGUUCCGUCAACCAUUUCGGCCCGUGCCACCACAGAAAAAAGGAGAGAUUUGCGGAUCUGAAUUCUCCGAAAAGCGUUCGCGAGAUAAGAGUGAGCCCCGUCUCAGAGCGACGACAGGCUCGCACCUCUCCCUCUCCCUCCCGGCGUCCUCGCCCCACACCGCUGGCCAACGGCGUGAGAGAGAUGGGCGCCGAUGAGAGAGGGAUGGCAAUACGACAGAAGUCAGUCGCGUUAGACAUUGGGGAAACAGUUCGCUCGAACAAACUUACUGUUUGGUGUGGAUUUUGGUCAGGCGGCGUCAUUGGGCCGUACAUCUUCCGCAACGAGAAUGGCCAGACGGUAACUGUUAAUGGCGAACGGUAUUGUGCCAUUAUAUAUAGAGAAAUCGUGCAUCCCUAUAUAUGGAACCUCUAUACCAAAGUUAUCGCGCAUUUUGUACUUUAUACACUGAUAGACAGUAGCAUCAAGUGCAAUUUAAGUAAGUCAUAGCUACAGACGACGUGUGCUCUAUUUUUAGAGCCUUAGUUCUAGCUAGAUGUAAGUGUUAAUUUUUGUACGUUAAGUUUAUUUUGUAAUAUUGAUAUUGUUAUUUUUGCACAAUAAACGUACAUUAAAAAAAAAAAAAAAAAA